AUGCGCUCGCAAUUCUGGCUCGAGUUCUAUCACUACAUCUCAAUUUUCGGCUAUUCUCUCACAAUCUUCUUCAAUGUUUUAUUGAUUAUUUUGACUGGAUGGUUUCUGGAGAAGAAAUUCGGAACCUAUAGGAUUCUGAUUAUUAUAUUUUCGGUGAUUGGAAUUGUUUUCAAUAGUUUGGAGAUUGUUUUGAAACCGGUGAGUGAGCUGGAUGAUCUGACAAGAUUCUGAAAUCUACGAUUCCAGAUGGUUCAAUCAAUCGGCUCUGGCUUCCUUUGCUUCACCUUCAUCGAAACCAACAGAAUCUCCAAACCUAUCCUAACUCAAUUCCUGGCCUUCUACAUCGCCUCAUUCUACAUCUCCACAAGUUUCCUAGUCGUCAUGUUCAUCCACAGAUAUUUUUCCGUGGCUAAACCUGAGCAAUUAUUCCAUUUUCUUGGAAAGCGCCUAACUCUUUGGCUUUCCUAUUCAUUUUUUAUCGGGAUAUCAACAUUUUUCGCAUGUACUUAUUUAGCGGAAGUUGAUGAAUUCUCCAAAAAUUACAUGGAGCACGAAAUUCUCGAGUUCUAUGGGAGAGUUAUUGAUGAAAUGCCAGCGAUAGCACUGAUUUUCUAUGAUUCAUCUUCGAAAAUCCGAUUCAAAAGCCUAUCUUUUCUCCUCAUCUGCAGUUUUAUAGUUUUCCAUCAAAACUUGAUAAUAAUUUUUUGCGGUGUUAAAAUCCGCCAAAAACUCUACUCAAAAACGUGCAAUUAUUCGCCAUCACUUCAAAAACUUCACAAAAAAUUCUUCAAAACUCUCGUCUUCCAAGUCGUCACCCCAACAUUAUUGCUAUUCAUACCAGUCAUGACAAUUCUAUAUCUACCACUUUUGGGAUUCGAGACAAGUCUGCCAAUCGGAAUUCUAGUCUGUCUUUUUGGUUUUUAUCCGCCGAUUGAUUCGUGUAUUGUGAUGUAUAUUAUCACGGAAUAUCGUGGAGCGUUUCGGAGAUUUUGCGGGGUUUUGUGUGGAGUUCGAGCUUGGAAUGAAGUGCGAGAGAAGAUGGAUUUACAAGUCAUGAGGAAAAAUGUUACUUGA